UGCAACGAAUGCUUUGACGAGUCUUCGACUUGAUGAUGAGUGCAUUCUGCUCAACGAUUCUGCACUGGUCUUAUGAAAAAAACAAUUUAUCUACAUUAGUUGUUCGGUUCCAUGUGUGAGGAGGAAGUUUUUUUUUGUUGAAGAAGAGCAUUGAAUUUUGUUGCAUGUCGAGCGAGCCUCCUGGUAUUGGUUUGGAGUGACUCUUCGUAACGAAGAUGUGUGCGGAUGGUGUAUAGUUUUUUCGUGGAGGUAGUGGUUUAGGGGUCUUAAUUUGUCGAGUUGGGGCAUUGUUUGGUUGCUGGGGUGAAGGGGAGUUGGGCAAGAUGUUGUGGGUGGACAAGUACCGGCCGCGAACCUUGGACAAGGUUAUGGUUCAUAAAGAGGAAGCGACGAACCUUAAGAAUUUGAUUGCGCAGGGUGAUUGUCCUCAUCUUCUUUUCUAUGGACCCUCUGGAGCUGGUAAGAAGACCCUCAUCAUGGCGUUGCUUCGGGAGAUGUUUGGAUCCAGCGCUGAAAAGGUGAAAGUGGAGAACAAGCCAUGGAAAGUUGAGGCUGGGACUCGAAAGAUUGAGGUAGAACUUACAACUGUAUCAAGUAAUCAUCAUGUGGAGCUCAAUCCAAGUGAUGCAGGGUUUCAGGAUCGUUACGUGGUCCAGGAGAUCAUUAAAGAUAUGGCUAAAAACCGGCCUCUAGAUGUAGCUGGCAACAGAGGAUUCAAAGUCUUGGUUCUGAACGAAGUAGACAAACUCUCGAAGGAAGCGCAACACUCUUUGCGACGUACAAUGGAGAAGUACAGUGCUGCAUGUCGUCUUCUUUUAUGUUGCAAUAGUGCCUCAAAGGUUAUUGAGGCAGUGCGGUCACGUUGUGUCAACAUACGGAUCAAUUCUCCUUCCAGAGAUGAUAUUGUUGAUGUCCUUAUGUUCGUAGCGAAAAAGGAGAAUUUGAUACUUCCCCCCGAACUGGCGGGCCGCAUAGCGCAUCACUCCAAUCGAAAUCUAAGGAGAUCCAUAUUGUGCUUGGAGGCCUGCAAAGCCAAACAGUAUCCAUUCACAGCUGACCAAGAGGUGCAAACAACCGACUGGGAACAGUUCAUUGUGGGGCUUGCUAAUGAUAUUGUCACCGAGCAAAGCCCCAAAAAGUUGUUCCAGGUUAGAGAGAAACUUUAUGAGCUACUUGUGAACUGCAUUCCUCCCGAAGUCAUACUCAAGAGAUUACUGGAUGAGUUGAUGAAGAAGCUGGAUUCAGAGCUGAAGCACGAGGUCUGCCACUGGGCUGCCUUUUACGAGCAUCGGAUGCAGCAGGGUCAGAAGGCUAUCUUUCACCUAGAAGCCUUUGUAGCUAAGUUCAUGAGUAUCUACAAGAAGUUCCUCAUCAAUACAUUCGGAUGAGGAAGAUUUAUAAAAUCGCAAUCUGCUCUUCUUCAGUGAACUUUGGAGCAUACUCUUUGAACGUGUAGGUGACGGUCAAUCUGACCAAACAAGACAUACAUGCUUCACGAAGUUUGCUCGGAUUCGUGCUUUGUUGCACUGCUGUGAAUCUUUAAAAUACGUAGCGCCGUCUUCAGUAAUAUUCUACACUUGGAACUUUGCAUUCCGGAGUGCUUUUGAAGAACGGCUGCAAUUUUAGACGAUUUUUGUUUAAAUGGUCACAGUUUCUUUGCGAAAGGAUUAUGCAGUCAAGUUAGUCAAGGAAUUGUUGCAUGUAGAUAUUUCGUUUUCCAGUUGACACGUAAGAAUUUGGCAGUCGGCAUGGAGGGACCUCUGUGAUUUCAGGUCUUAUGAAACUAUAUACGAUUGAGUUUGACGAAUGAACACUUCGCAGGCCAAACAAUUUGGUUAAAGAGUUUAGUCAUAUCUCUUCGAAAAUCCUUCUUUUACUUAAGUUUUCGUCGGAGAGGACUGCAACGAUGACACGGGCAGACCUGAUAGAAAAUAAGGGUGUGGUGUAUUUCACCCAUUCGAGAGCUUCCUUUGCCAGGAUUCGAACCCGGGUUGCUCGGGUGAGUGUCUAGUAUCCCAACCUGUGAAAUCCCUUCUUGGGUUAAGAAUAAAAGUACCAAGGUGCAUUACAUGAAAAUCUUUAGUAAUGCA